AUAUUACAGUUCUAUUAUGCUUAAUGUUAGUUAUUAAUAGUUUACACUCUGAUAGUAACUUACUAAUUUAAAUGGUAUUUUUAUGCAACUCAAGUUAAUACUUAAUUUACUGUAGAUCAGUUGAUCUUAAAAUCGCUUUACUGUGCAUCAAAUCCAAGGAUUUAAAAGUAAAUAUGCUUACGUCGUGUUUUGGUUUGUCACUGCGAACGGGAACGAAUAUUAUAGCAAUUGUUAAUUCAAUUACUUCAAUUUUUUAUAUUAUUUUUAAUGUCUGGGAAUUCAACAGAAGUUUUGGAUAUUCGGAGCUACAUUACAGAAAUCAAACUAUGUUUUUAGAUGAAUUGUUUUUUAAUUAUAUCACAUUAUUAUUUAUGCUUUCUGGAUUUAUUUUGUUAUUUGCAAAUUUUGGCUUAAAACAAGCAACAAUAAAAAAUGAAACACAUAAGAUCUAUCUUUGGCUUUUGGUUAGCUACGUUCAACUUGGUACAAUCCUUACAAUUGAGAUUGUUAUGACCUUCAGAUACAAUAUGGUUAUCCUAGACACAAUUAAACUGAUAAUAUGCUUUAUAUUAAUUGAUGCUAUUCUAGUGUUCCAGCUACUGAUUGUCCAUUCAUUUUAUUAUGAAGAGAAAUUAGUUGAAGAGAAUAAUUACAGUAAAUUACGUUCCGAAUUAACAUCCCAACUACAAGAAGAAAAUCUUGAUGAAUUUCAAAACGUGGAGCUAUAACAUAUAAGCCACAUAUAUUAGGUACUUAAAAUGUUUUCAUUAUUUAUUUUUACAACAAACAAAUAGUUAUACUUACAUAAAGUAUAACAACAAUACUAUGAAAAUUGAAAUUAAAUAAUUUUGAUUUAAUUAAAA